CACCACAGGGAAACGGGGAAAGCAAAGCAAUCAUGAAAACAACAAACUAACUUGCAUGGGGUUCUUAUUUUGUUAAGGAUUAAGGCCUUUUCCUUGCAUAAUCGCCCGAAAAUCCACUGCGAUGUCUGUUUCUGUUUUACUUAAAUUUACGUAAUUGCUUACUAUGGUAUCGACUAUUCCAGUAGCUGGAACAUUUUCUCUUAGUAAUCCAAAUGAAGAUUCCAAAGAACGGAUUUUAUUUACGCUUCAAGUUGCAGUUAAACAGAUUCAUCACUGCAGUUGCUUACGAAGUGAAGGGGAUGGACUGUCUCUUGAGGUGAAAGAAGUCAGACAGCUAUGUGAAAGUUUGGACAAAGCACUUUUUCAUGGGCUGAAAUGCUAUGAAAAAGGCUACUGGCCUUUUGUGAAAGAAUUCACGCACAGUUCUACUGUAGAAUAUUUAGAAAAGCUUAAAAAUGCAAGCACAGAUGUCCAGUGUGGUAGAGCUUGGUUAAGUUUGGCCUUGAAUGAAACUAGCCUUGAAAGCUAUUUUCGAUCCUUCAGCCAAAAUCUACAAAUUUUGAAGAAAUAUUACAAAUCAUUAGCUUUAUUAUGCGACCAGGAACGAAUGCAACUUGUCCUAAUGUUAAUGGCUGGCUUAGAAUAUGUACCAAUUAAUUUAAAUACAGAAAAAAUUAAGUAUGGAAGUGGAUUGUCAUUUUUUGAAAGUUCAUCAUACUCACAAAAUGUAAACAUUUUUGAGAAUCCUGAAUGUAUUGUUAAACCAUCCAAGCCAAGAUUAAUGAUGUCAAGCCCUGAGUUGGUGCCAUGUGAAAGUGCAUCUGAAGUAACCUGUGAUUUUACAAUAUCUCCUCUUAAAAGUCCAUCUGAAAGUCAAUCGACACCUGAAGAAAUCAUUAGCACUCUGCACAAAUCUGAAUCUAGUGAAUCAACCCAGUCAAGAAGUGAGAAGGAGGAACUAGAGAUGAUCUCUCGUCUCAUCAACAUUAAUACUGAAAAUGAAUCAAAACUCGGAGAGGACAUUGAAGUUGUCCGAACAAAAGUUGUGAGGCGUACAAAAAGAUCAAAUACUCAGAAACAUGAUUUGUUACAGAGCAUUGAAGCAUCUGAUUGUAAGAUUCAGUCUGAUGAGUCUAAUAGUUCCCUUGAGAACCGAUUGAGCAAAGCAACGACUGACUCUGGAUUGUGUCUGGAGACACCUUAUUCAUCUGAUAACGAUUCAGCUGAUUUGGCUCUUGACAAAUCAGAUGACUAUGAUUGUCAGCAGCAAAUUUCUUUUCAGGUAAAUGAGUUCCAGCAGGAAUUCAGUGUUACAUUUUCUACUCCAAAACGAAAAACAUCCAGUACUAAGUCAGUUGAUAGCAAAUCCGUUCUUGAAGAACGUGGCAUGCCGGAAGGACAAGAAGAUCCAGUCAAGCACAAUGUUGACCGUUCCCCACUUCUGACAGGGAAUGAUGGCAAAGAUAAUGAAGAUAUCAGUAAUGAAGAGGAGGAAGAAGAAAUAUCUAUCUAUGAUCUUCAUAAACUGUCAUGCAAUACAAAAAAUUUAGAAAAUUUGGAAUCUGCAGAUUCAAAAUCUGUUGAACAGAUACCUGCCAGUGAAACAGAUACUUGUGAGAAACAGAGUCUGUCAAGUUUUGCUAGUGGAAAAACAGAAAUAAUUGAUAUUGUUCUUGAAGAAAUUGAAAAACUUGGAUUAGAAAAACCCGAGAGCUAUGACUUAAAUGUUGGAAAUAAUAUUCUUCUGUAUUUUCUUGUGGAAAUCUAUGAGCAUGAAGAAGAGAUUUUCCACAAAAUAUACUGUGCUUAUUCAAAUUUUCCUGAGGGUCAUUGCCAAAGCAUUUAUUUUCUACUAUCUAAUAAAGGUAUCUAUUUCUUGAGACCUGGAAACAGCCAGCAGAAAUUUUUUAAAUGUGGCAGCGUGCGAUACAGCAGUAUUAAUUAUAUAACAGUAGAUUUGAAUUAUCAGGGUUUCAAAAUAAUGUCAUCAGAUAAAGAAUGCUAUUCUUUAUACACAGCUAAUGAAGAAUUAACAAGAAAUAUUCUUUCAAAUCUUGAAUUGGGAAUCAGAAAAUUUAUUCCCAAGCUUCCAUUGCCUUCAUUCUACACAGAUGCUGCUGUGCAGCGUAUUGUGCUAUCAAACUUUUUAGCCUCUGAAUUGCAGUGUGAGAAAACAGAUGUUGAUCUGACUUACUAUGGGCUAUCCAGAUGGGAAGAUUACAGUUCCACCACUAUUACUCCUUCAGGCCCUGUUUAUCAGGAUUAUCUCAUGUAUAGAAUAAAAUUAGUCAAAGAAAAUAAAGCCACACCAUGGAGACCAGCAUUUUUCCUUUUAAAGGGUGGUGUUCUUUAUUGCAUGGAAGAAGAAAAAAGCAAACCAAUCUUUUUUGUUCAGAUGUGUGCUCCUCACUGUAAAGGUUGUAGAAGGAUUCAUCUUUUAAAUCGACCUCAUGCAUUUGAAAUUAUACGUUCAGACUCAGAUUCAUUGCAGUUGGCUGCUUCUGACAGCUAUGAAGCUUCUAAAUGGCUACAAUAUUUCUUAGAAUCAGUUUCUCUUGCAGGACACUUUAUUGAUUCUGAGAGAAAUAUCCAAAGGCCUUGCUGUGUCCUGGUUGCUAAUCAAAAAAUUUUCAUAGCUACUGAAGAUAGUCGCAAAAACACAUAUAAACUUCUCAAUAAAGCCAACAUCUGUGAUUUAGUUUCUGUCUUUGUUGAUGCUAUUACUCCUAAUUUUAUGAUGCUAGAAUUUGAAAUAGCUGAAGCUAGCAAGAGCACUGGCGAGUGGAUAGUCCAUUUUGAAUCAUCUACAGAAAAAGAAAAAUUUUUAGAAGUUAUCAGGUGCCAGUGGUCUAAACUUUUUCAUGUGGAACUUAAUGUGGAAAAUAUCAAAGAUUUAUAUUUGUUAAAGAAGUAUCGUCAGUUUUCUGAUGAAUUAAAAGCUGAAAAACUUGCUCUGGAAGAAUUCUGUGCUGACAACUAAUUAUUUCAGUUAGGUAUUAUUACAUAGCUCAUUUAAUACCUUCUACCAAAGAUUGUGUGAUAUAUAUUUGCUUGGAGAUGUACACUUCUCUUACAAGCGCUUCCUAAGUCUUCAUCAUUGCUAGAAAACAUGUAAAGCUAAUGAAACUAUUUAACCAAGUUCAAUUUUAAUUCAGACAUUAUAAAGACUGUGAUUGGUAACUUUUAUGGAAUCAUUAAGUAGUACCACAUAUUUUAAAAGUUAAAAACUUUAUUUUUCUAAUUUCUAAUAUUGAAGGAUUUUUUUUGUUGCUUUAAUUGAAUUAUUUUUGCUUUAUUAAAUAGUCAUUUACAGCGAUGCUUAUCUAUGUUUGAUAAGAUGUUGUCUGAGACAAUAUUAGGCUGCAAUGCAGAUUUUAAUUAAUUCUUUAUGUAUUCACUAGAGAGUUCUUAUAAUUCCUAUACAGUUAUCAUUAUAGUUUUUAAUUAACUCAUUUGGUAUCUGAAGAUUUAGAUACUUGAUACGCCUAUAUAAUCUGAAUGCAGUCAUGCGAUUGGGAACCAGUAGCUUUUUUUUUAAUGUUACACUUAUAAAAUUGAACCAAAUGCACAUCAGAUUAUUUUAUUAAGCAGUAAAAUGACUUUGAAAAAAAAUUGUAUAAUUUUUGGAAAAUAUAUCAAAAUGUGUAUUUUGGAGCUUGUUCCCUAUUAUAUAACUGUAUCCAAAUACUCUUUUUUUUGCCAUAAAAGUAUGGCUCUUUGUACUCAUCAAAUGGUGCCUCUUGACGUCUUUGACAAGUGUUCUCUUACUUUUAUUAGUUUUUUUUUUGUUAUAUAAUAUCCUAGCAGGUCUUAAAUGGAUUUUUUGAAUGUAAAGGAAAACUAUAUUAAUAAUUUGAUCAGAAGUGUAGCUUUCUGUAUCAUCUUACGUCUUCACUUCAUUGUCUAUUUGUUUGUUUGGCAUUUGAUGGAAUUUAAUACUUUAUUAGCUUUUAUUUUACAUGUUAAAUAUGAUGUAUGAAAAGGAAGAAUGAAUAUAUGUUCAGGGUAUAUUUUAUUUAAAUUGUGUUAUGGUUUGCUUUUCUUGCUGCUAGUCAGAGAAGUUAGAGCUCAUAAUUUUAUUUAGCUGUGCUUAUUAAGAACUUGUUCAUUUUAGUUUCUUUUAUUGAAAUUAACGCAUCAUGGAAGAAAAGUGUUUAUGCGACUGAAAGAAUGUGUAAUAAUCUUUUAAAAAUUUCUUUAAUGGUCUGAAAGACAUGAAUUGAAUCAACUUAAAUUUUGAUUUUUGAUUUGAUUUCAGCUAAAAAUACUUCUUUUUUAAUUACUGUAUUUCAGUCUGUGAUGCAGUCAUAUUCUGUAAACAGUAUAAUUGAAUUAAUGACAGUCAUGAAAUAUUUUGGUUCUCUGUCUUUGCAUAUAAAUUUUCGGUUCUGUUUUAAUAGUAGCAAAUCUCAACUUUCAUUUUCUAUAUUUUUUGAAAAAUUAUUUGCAUUAUUUGUAAGAAUUUUAUUUCGGAAUCGUAUAUUUUUUUUAUGGAUUCAAUGAGGCAUUAUAUGUGAAAAAUUUUAGUACAGACGCUAAAAUUUCACUUCUUUUUUUGUGAUAUGUUAUUUAACCCAUUACAUUAUUAAUUUUUCAUGAACUAUUGCAUUGAUGAAAGUUCAGUGCUUCAUUUAUCAUAUAAUAAAUACAUGGUUUUAGUUCCACACAUCUGUGCUUAAUACAAAUUAGUUACUUCAAUAUUAGUUAGAAUUUUCAGGUGAAUGGGAAUUAAUUUGUGGUGUCUACUCCCCAUCCUUCCUAGUUAGAAAUUAUCUGGAGUAUUUUUCUUAACUGGGAUGUUGAUCAUUUGGGAUUUUUAAAUAUUUACCUAAUAUUUUUAGACUUUAAUUAUUUGAUAGUAUAACCUGCUUCCGCAUAUGGUUAAUUUAAAGAAAUCAAAUCUUUAUUUUCUUUUAAUAUUUUUUCCAUUUAAAACAAAUCUUUAGUUUGGAAUUCAAUGAAUUCUUAUUGAAACAUAUUUUGCUUUUAAUUUAAAUGUUGUGCAAUUAAAACUAAUUAGCUUCAUCCAUUUCUAAGUGAAGAAGCUGAAAUGUUCUUUCUUUCUUUUUUCUUAUUAAAUUAUAAAUAUUUGCAAAGGUUAUUUUGAAUCAUGCCAAGGUUGAUUGGAAAAAAUUUUAUGUUAGAGAAACUAAUACAUACAUUAAAACAUUUUGAUAUUUUGUUAUGUUUCCAGAAAAGAUAUCUAUUUUCUUCUUUUUAAUUUUCAAAUGAUAUGACAUUGACUUUGUAAAUUCUUAGGUUUGAUUUAUGGUUCACAUUCAAAAAGUCUUACAAAAAUCCAUGUUUUUUAUUGAGUUAAAAUUUGUAAAAAUGAUGAUUUAAUAAUAAAUUUUUAAAAAUUAAUAAUAAUUUCACAUUAAGCAUUUUAAUUCAUUUGAUUACUUGAUGUUAGUUUAGUGUUUCUUUAAUCGAGGGAAAAAUUAAUAUUUAUUGCAUCCUUAAUUUAAAACAAUUUUGCAGAAAGGUCAGUACAUUUCUUUUAAUUAUAUAUUUACAAUUUAUUCUUUCAUACAAGUUAAACUUGUUUCUUUAAAACUCAUAAAAGUUGCCAAUCAAUAUUUUUUUUUUGUACGUUUAAUGUGUCAAUUUAUUAUAUUGUUUGUAUGUUAUGUGAUUAUUAAAUUCAUAACUUUUUUUGUAGCUUUUAUUGCCAUUAUUCUAUUUACAUUGUAAAUUUAUGUAAUUGCCAAAAGCAUAUGUUUAUGUACAGGAGAAGUUAAUUGAAUGAAUGGAUUUUUAUUGACUUUUUGCUAAAUCAUUUAAUCAAAAGUGUUAGGUAAAUACGAGAUUUAUUAUUUGUUUGAUUUUUAAUUUUAUUGUGUAAGUAACUCUUUAUAGCAUUUGUUCUGAGUGCCUUUUAAGAAUUUCACAUAUUUUUUGCAUUGAGAGCAGUGAAAGAAGGAGGUUAGUAAUACAAUUAGAAUAUAAACAACAUGCAAACUUAAUUGUUUUAUCUAGUAUAGUUUGGUAGUCAUGGUGUGUAUAUAUGUAGUUCAAUGCUUACUGUUGUAAAAGCAGUGGUCAUAUAUCAUCGUUAAAAUUUAUUUAUUUUUAAGUUUUAAAGUCUUCUCAAUUAAAAAAAAAUAUGUUUGAUGUUUAGAAAAGUUUUAUAGACGCUUUUGUGAGAUUUCAUGUUGGAAGCUAAAAUUUUAUAUGUGAUAUUGAUUCAGCUCAUGUGAAAAGAAUUAAAAGUUUUGUUCUUGCUACUUCUCUGGGCACAAAGUUUAUAAUGUUUUGUAUAGUAUUUUUCUCUAUUAAAUUUCUCCGUGUAAAUUUUGUAAUAAUUGCUUUAACUCAUGCAGAUAUGGUACUGUACAGAUUAUCAUAUUUUAAUGUAUCAUGUAAAAAGGAAUAUUUCAUAUGCUAUAUUAAGCUAGUAAUUGUUUUUUAAUUUAGAAGUAUUUUGAUAGACUUUUUUCUUUAAUUUUAAUGAAUUAAUUAAUGAAAUUUUUGUUUGAUCUAUUGAUAUUUAUUAACAUUUAAUUCCUUAAAUCUUUCUCAAGUGCAUGAAAAAUUAAGAAAAUUUGUAUUUUGAAUUUAAAAUUGUAUCCAUGAAAUUUGUUAGUUCUUUAUAUAUAAUUAUAAUAAUGUGCAUAAGUUAAUUAUUUAUCAUAUGUAUGGACAUUAUUUGAUAUGAGCUAAAUGGAUUUGUAUACUAAACCAAUAAGAAAAUGCUCUUACUUCUAGAUUUACCUUGAGGUUUUUUUAAGGUAAAAAUCUUGAAGGACAGAUGCAAUGUAUUAAUAAUGUUUCAUUUUAUUUUUUACUUUUGGUGAGGUGAUCCUGGUUGAGAUAUUGCCAGUGAGUCAUGUAUAAUGUAUUACAUGACUUUAGGAAUUAAUUGCAAGAAAUGAUAUACAUUUUUUGAAAUUGUUCACAGUUUCAUUACUCAAAAUGCUGCUUGGUGAUAUUUAAAUAUAUCAUUCACUUCAUAUAUAUUAUGUUUUAUUCAAAAACUAUUUAAUUGGAUGUAAUGAUAAAACUUUCAGAUUUCCUGUGCUAUCAUGCAUUGAAUUAUCAUUGACUACAGUAAAAUUAGUUACAGUUCUUGGAUACCUAAUACUUUAGAAUUUAUACUUUUAGUAAGUAGCAGUGUUUUUGUAUCAUGUUUGAAGGAUCAUAGAUUGGGUGUUGAUUUUUUCUAUGUAUUAGGGGACUCUCUGAGUUUUAAAUUUGGUCUUGGUUCAUUACCUUCACAUUUAAAAAUUUAGUUGUUGGAUCAAGUAUCUCACCAUGUUUAAAAAUAAGAUUAUUUGUCUCAACUAGUUUUGAUUAACAUGAUGUGUUUUAUUGAAUAAAAACUUAUCAGAAUGAUAAUAGUGAUUUCAAAUAAAACUUUAUUUUUUGGGGAAUAUUUAACAGUCAAUGUGUUAUCCAGUAUUUCUCCCUUUUUAAAAUAAUAAACUGAUUGGAUCAUGAGAUUAUCUUUCCAGAAGUUGACAGUACAUAUUUUUCCCAUGUAAAAAAGUUAUUCUCAUAUCAAUAACAUUAAAAACUAUUUUUAAAAAUGUUUCUUCUAUAUCUUAAGGAGCAAAAAGUGUCAUUUAUCAAGACUAAAAUAAAUAUAUUUCUUAGUCUGAUUUGAUAGAAAAAAUUAUCUGGAACAUUAUUUUUAAACACUGACUGACACUGAAUACUGAGAAACACUGAAUAAUAAAAUAUAACUGCUAAUCAAGAAGGAAAAAUGUAUCUUUUAUUAUGAUAAAUGAAGGUCAAAAUCUGUAAAAAUAUUUAGGUUGUAUGGAUUUCUAAUAUAGUUUAACAAUUAUAUUAGAUUAUACAAAAUUGAAGGUAUGUAAAUAAAAACGAAUUGAAUUCUUUAAGCAGAACAUGUAUAAUUGUUCAUAUAAGGAUUGCUAUUAUUAUUUUUUUAAUAAAAUUUAAUUAAAAUUGAAAUUUUUAAGGGUAACAGAUUUGAAAUAUUAUGUAACUAUGAUUCUUGAAGUUACAUGUACACUUUUUGCUUUUAAUAAAUAAAUUUAUUCUAAGUAAUACAUUCUGAAGAACAACUUCGGAGCUUUAUUUUUAUUCUGAAAUUUCUUUUAUUUAACAAGCUAAAAAAACAUUCCUUUAUUUAUUAAAAUGCUGAAAAAAAUUUAAUUCAUUUUGUGAAUUAUUUUAUUUAUUCGGCAUUCCUUAAGUUAUGUUUUUAGGAUUAAUUAUAAUUAUAUUUUUUGUCUCCAAGGGCUGCUAUAUUGUUCUUUCAUUUGAAUUUUAAUGUAUUUGUAGUUGUUAUUUUCAACGCCAUUCUGAAAAAAAACUUUUUUCUAUCUGAUAAUGAAUUGAUUGAAUAUAAUUUCUUUUUUGUAAAUUAUAUUUACAUGAUAAAAUUUUUAUUACUAAAAAAGAAUUUUGCAUUUUGAAAAAAAUAUGAUUAUGUUUGUGAAUUUCUUGGUGAAAUGAUUUAUAUAUUUAUUUAUCUAAAAGGCAUUAUAUGAAAACAAAUGUUUUUAAAAUUUUCUUUUUGUUGACUUUUGUUUGUACGGAUUUCAAAUCAAGUUUUUCUGAUUUGCCCAAAUUUAUAACUUUUUGCUUUUCAUGAACAUGGUUUCAUGCUAAUGUAUUCUGAAUUUUGUAUAACUAGUUAUAAGAACAAUAAUUGUCACCAAUAAUCUGAUAUUAAUUAUAAUCUGCUGUGUAAAUUUAAAAUAUUCAUCUCAUGUCAAUUACAAGAAAACCAUUCCAUAUUAAUUAUUUAAGAAAGUUGGUUCAUUUGCAUUUUUUUUAUUAUUUAAAUAUGCUUUAUUUAUUAGUGUUACUUUUUUUACUCAAAAAGCAGCUACUUUUUUCAUUAUUUUUCUCACUACUGUGCAUAUUAUUUGUUCACUCUAUUUAUAGAUAUGCUGUAAUACUGGUAGAAAAAUGUAAAACUUUGCCUUUGUUU